AAUGCCGUUUCACGUCCGCUCGUCAUAGAUUUGUUGUCGGAAAAUCCUUCUGUUCCUGAGAAAGUAUUGAAUUUCGCCGUGUUUCUGCUUCGAUUUAGAAGAAUCCUCGGCGUGUUUUCAUCUUCCGUGGGAUUUGCGAUUGUUGUAUUCUCUUUGUCGAGGUUUCCUUCAAGAAUCGCCCUAUUCGCGCUGCUUGUUUAGUUUUCUCGUUGAGUUUUGUCCAAAUUUAUGAUUUCUUCGGUAGAUUUGGUGGUUUUUUUCUCUUGGAGCUGAUGUUCUCGACUGGAUUCGUCGACUAAUCGGCGUUUCCGGAAUCGAUCUGAAAAACAGUCGCCCAAAGAAGAUAUUGGGUUCUGAUUGGCGCCGUGAGCUUCUGUUCUUGUCCUAUCCGGUGGAUCUCUUUUCAGAGUUUUUUAUUUCUUAGGGCUCAAGUGAAGAAUCAUCUGGAAAAUAGACAUGGAUUACCGACCUUCUGACAGUAGCGGUACAGAUGAUGACCUACCGCCUUCACAUCAAAGUAGAUUUCAAAGAGGGGGGCGACCUGCAGGUAAUGGCAGGCCUUCUGCUCUCAGUUCUGCUCCUUUAUCGAGGGUGCAUAAUGACAUGGAAACUCAGAUUCAUCUCAUUGAACAAGAAGCCUAUUGCUCGAUACUGCGUGCCUUCAAAGCUCAGUCUGAUGCAAUCACCUGGGAGAAAGAAAGUUUGAUCACUGAACUCAGAAAGGAACUCCGGGUAUCAGAUGAGGAACACAGGGAGCUGUUAUCAAGGGUUAAUGCUGAUGACAUGAUAAGGCGAAUAAGGGAAUGGAGAAAGUCAAAUGGCUUUCAGGCCAGCAUUCCCCAACUUGUUCAUGAUCCUGCUCCUAGUCCAACUGUAUCGGGAUCACGUAAGAAGCAAAAGACAUCGCAAUCAAUAGCCCCAUUGUCCAUGGGCCCACCAUCUCCUGCUCUGCAUCCUUCGAUGCAGCCAUCGUCAUCUGCCCUUAGGAGGGGAGGCCCUCCACCAGGUUCUAAGACCAAGAAGCCGAAAACAUCGAUGCAGUAUCCAGCCCCAGCUGCUGCUGGAAGACCACAUGCUGGUAACCUUGCAGUUGCCUUAACGAAUGAACAUGCUGAAUCAGGAUCAUAUGAUCCAUUGAUUGGACGGAAGGUUUGGACAAGGUGGCCUGAGGACAAUCAUUUCUACGAGGCUGUUAUAACUGAUUACAACCCCGUUGAGGGACGGCAUGCUUUAGUGUACGAUAUUAACACAGCAAAUGAAACUUGGGAAUGGGUAAAUCUUAAAGAGAUAUCUCCCGAAGAUAUCAGAUGGGAGGGAGAAGAUCCCGGAGUUUCACGUAAAGGUGGUCGUCCUGGUCAAGGUCGUGGAGUAAAAAAGGCCAUGCCUCGUAGUGGUCCGUUAACUAAUGCAGGUAGAGGUAGGGGAAUGAUGAAGGCGCAACCCAAAACGCAGAAUGGAAUCAGGAAGAAGGCUUUAGGCAACAUCGAAAUACUCCACACAGAUACUUUAAUAAAAGAGGUAGAAAAAGUUUUCGGGUCAAGUAAUCCUGAUCCCGCUGAAGUAGAGAAAGCGACGAGAGUGCUGAGAGAUCAUGAACAAGCCCUCGUCGAAGCCAUUGCAAAGCUUGAAGAAAUAUCAGACGGAGAAAGCGAUGGAGGCCGUGCUUAUUCGCAUGAGCAAUCGCUGGACAAUGAUCGAGGCUGGAAGAAACGACAAUACGACGAGAUGGCCAAAGGGAUAGAAGGGGACGAUGGCAAUUGAAAAGUCUCAGUGCAGGCGAUCAGUAAGUUUAAGAACAGACGGGCAAAUCUUGGAUCGCAUUGUAAUAUUUUUUUUAACAGUUAGGGUUUCGUUGCUUUUGUGCUAUAGCUCGGGCAGCCGCUAUUGGUGAUAUGUGGGUUUAAGUUAGGGGUUAAUCGUCGUAAGGCCCUUCAGUGUUUUUAUGUAAGUGUAGAAGAUACUAGUCUUUAUUUCCUUCCACCGGUUGUGCAACUAAAUAUAGUUGGAUUCGAUCCUACGUUCCAUGUAAGUGCAGACCCCGAGAUCGGUUUCAUGGUUACA